UGGAGUGCGUGUCAGGCGGUGCCUGUGUCUCCCCAGAGCGCGGCCGCAGCUGCUGGAACCGACUGUCCCGCGCGGCGCGAGGCUGCAGAGGGGCCUGCGAUGGGCGGCCAGGUGAGCGCGGGCAGCGGGGAGCCGAGCCCGCCCGGCAGGAGCGAGAACGCAGACUGGAUGUCGGCGCUGUGCCCCCGCCUCUGGGACGUGCCGCUGCACCAACUGUCCAUCCCAGGCAGCCACGACACCAUGACCUACUGCCUGGACAAGCGCUCGCCCGUGUCCCCGGCGCAGCCCCGGCUGCUGCGGCUGCUGAGCAAGGCCCUGCCCUGCGUCACGCUCCCCGUGGUGCUCAGGUGGUCCGUCACCCAGGCGCUGGACAUCACAGAGCAGCUGGAUGCCGGGGUGCGGUACCUGGACCUGCGUGUGGCGCACAUGCCGGAUGGCUCGGAGAAGAACCUGCACUUCGUGCACACGAUGUACACGACCGCGCUGGUGGAGGACACCCUCACGGAAAUCUCGGAGUGGCUGGAGAAGCACCCCCGGGAGGUGGUCAUCCUGGCCUGCAGGAACUUCGAGGGGAUGACGGAGGACCUGCACGAGUACCUGGUCACCUGCAUCAAGAACAUCUUUGGGGACAUGCUGUGCCCCCGAGGGGAGGUGCCGACGCUGCGUGAGCUCUGGUCGCGGCAGCAGCAGGUGCUGGUGUCCUACGAGGACGAGAGCUGCGUGGGCCGGCACCGCGAGCUGUGGCCCGGGAUCCCCUACUGGUGGGGGGACAAGGUGAAGACGGAGGCUCUGAUCCGCUACCUGGAGUCCAUGAAGAGCUGCGGGCGCCCAGGCGGCUUGUUCGUGGCGGGCAUCAACCUCACGGAGAACCUGGAGUACAUCCUGGCGCACCCCUCGCGCUCCCUGCGGGGCCUGACGCUGCCCAGCCUGCCUCGCCUGUGCGCCUGGGUGCGGGAACAAUGCCCGGGGCCCGGCCCGUGCUGCACCAACGUCAUCGCCGGGGACUUCAUCGGCGUGGACAGCUUUGUCAGCGACGUCAUCGGACUCAACCGGAAGCUGCUGUGGCCCUGAGCUGUUGCCCCUGGACUCCGGCGUCGGCGGCUCUGGGUUCACCUCCGUCCUGUGAGUUGUGCCGCGGUUUGCGCUGAAUACAGGUGACCGCGGGGCCGGUGAUGCCGACUCUGUGUCCUCAUCUCUGUGUCCUCGAGGCUGUGGCACUGGGGGCCCUGCAGACCCAGGGAGGGACCGUUCCCCCAGGGCUAUCGAAUUCCUAAAGCCUGUGACAGCCCGCGUGGCCGUGUGCACCCCUCCCGCACACGCCUGCCAGCCCCGCUGUGACUGUCAGGCACAAGCCGGUGUUUCCCCGGCCCCGGGUCACCCGUGAACUGAGGUCCUGCGGGUGCAAAGCAGACACCAGCGCCAUCGUCCCCGUGGGAGACGUACGUGCGUCUGUGGCUCACGCUUGCUCCACGUGUGACAUGAGAGGACGUCACACGCUCCACGGUCGUGGCAAUACUGCAGCACGGGCAGGGGGCUCGUCAGCCGCCGGUUCCAGUUCUUGGCCACACGGUGGGUCCCCGGCCUGCUUGUUCCUUCACCGCUGUCCUAUGGGGGCGCCUGGGAUUCUCGCGUCGGUGCAAACUGGGCGCCGGGACAGCAGGCGCCGGGUUCCCGGGGCGGCCGUGGAAGUGAUGGUCUCACGCGCGUUGGAAUGUGCUCGGCUUGGGAGCAAAUCCGUCGUUUUCCGAAACAAAAUCUGCUCGUGCUUUGGUGCCUGGUCACCACGGUGAAGCCGAGGUGCCUGAAAUCCCCAAACACAAACACGUGGGCCGCGUCCCAUUUACUACCUCAGAGCUGUGACCGCCGGGUCAGGCUGUCCACGGAGAGCUCAGUGCUGGUCAGGGUCAGGGUCAGGGUCAGGGGUCAGGGUCAGGAUAGGACACGCUGGAGAUGAAGGAACGUGUUUGGGGCUAAGUCGGACACAGUGGCCUGGCACGUCCACAUUGGGAUCCCCUGGGGUCGGGGUCAGCACCUGUUCACACCCAUCGUUCACUGUAGAGAAUUAAAAGACACAAAACCCAACUGUGUUUAUGGGCUUUGUUACCACGUGAGCCACCAGCUUCCAGAAGCUUCCCGGGCUACGUGGGGAAGGACUUUUAGAAAAUGCUCCAGCACUUAUUGGAGGGCAGACAGUUUAAAAAAUCCGACUGCGCCUCUUCCCUGUUCAGUGUGUUUCUGCCGUAACGCUGCCAGGGCCAGCGGCAGGUCACAAGUUUUGUCUUGUUUUAAGCCGCUCCGUGGGGGCCUUGAGGAACCUGCAUGUGAUUUUGGAGAUGGAUUUCCGAGGCUUCCGCGUUCAGGAGGAUGUGCCGUCGGAAAGAUCUUUCCAUCCCCCGGUCAUUCCAGAAGCUUCCCCACCGUGGGGGGAGCGCACCUGCCCCCUCCCACCUCUGCAGGGCCGCAGGGCUGCCGUGCAAACAGCGCUUGGCGUUUGCUGAUGCGCCCACCCGGCAGUGCGGCCUCGCGGGCUCUCGGGGCCACCCCUGCCGCGACCCGUGAUGGGGGCAGGAGGGGCAGCGGACUGACCCCCUUCCUCUGACCACCUGCGUCCCACGCUGGGGGCUCGUUCUCCCCUGGGCACGGCCAGCUCAGCAGCUGGGACAGGAGAAGCCGGGCAGUGGAGCAGCUGUCGGAGAGCCUGCUGCUGGGGCGGGGGCCAUGUUCCAGUCCCACAGAAAGGCUGUGCCCUUCUCAUGCCCUGCCCUCGGCGUCCCCGAGACCCCCACCCUACUCUGUGGGCUCCCCAAGACCCCCACCCUGUCCUCUGGACUCCCUGAGACCCCCACCCUGUACUGUGGGCUCCCUGAGACCCCCCCAU